GGGCGGUCCCGGGGCUCUCCGGGCUCGCCCCCGUCACAUGAUCCGGAGCCCUCGGGAAGGGCGGCGGUGAGCGGGACCGAGACCGGGAGCGGGUGGGGAACGGCACCGGGACCACCGGAAACGCACGGCCGGGCCAUGGCGAUCGAGGGCGGCAUGAAAUGCGUGAAGUUCUUGGUUUUCUUCUUCAACUUCAUCUUCUGGGUGUGCGGCAUCGCCCUGGUCGCCAUCGGCAUCUACGCGCUGGCGGCGCUGGGCCGGGCCCCGGUGGGCGGCUCGGGCUGGAGCCCCGCGGCCAUCGUGGCCCUGGGCGUCGUCAUCUUCUUCACGGCCUUCUUCGGCUGCUGCGGGGCCUGGCGGGAGAGCUACUGCAUGGUGACCACGGUGCACGGGCUGGUGCAGGAGGGGCUCUGGGAGGCCGUGAGGAGCUACGAGCAGGACCCGUCCCUGGCCACCGCCCUGGAUGGGUUCCAGCAGGAGUUCUCCUGCUGCGGGGUGAACAAUUUCACCGACUGGGCGGGCGUGGGGCACUUUGGUGCCAACGACUCCGUGCCCACCUCGUGCUGCCGCCACCCCGGCCCCGCCUGCAACGUGCACCCGACCCCCAGCACCGUGUUCGCUGAGGGGUGCCUGCCCAGCCUCGAGGCCUGGGUCAAGAGGAACGUGCUGCUGCUGGCGGCCGUGGCGCUGGGCAUCGCCUUCUUCGAGGUCCUGGGCGUUCUCUUCUCCUGCUGCCUCAUGCGGGGGAUCCGCAGCGGCUACGAGGUCAUGUAGCCCCCAUGUAGCCCCCUCCUCAAAUUCCUGCUCCUCCCGGGGGUCCCGGGGGGCUCCGGGGGUCCCAGCAGGGCCCAAGUGCCAACCCCCCCCCCCACUUUGGGGGUCCUGGGGGGCUUUGGGGGCCCCCGGGUUUGCAAUAAAGAGGAAAAGCUUCUGGAGAA